CACAUCAACUGCUUCGUCUGAGGCCAUUCUCUCCUACAUAUUCUCCUCUCUCCUAAUUGGCUCUGAAGCUUAACCCACCCAGGUAUGCCUUCCUCAACUCUUCAGCUGCUCGUGUCUUUUCCUCCAAUAAACCCUGCAAAACCCCUUAAAGAUGCCCCAUUCACCGAAUCGCUCUUCUCUCUUCUUCUCCAGCCAACGAUAAAACGUCCUUCUGCCCUUUUCUACAAUGCCCGUUUUCUCAUCCAAAGGCAGCGUCUUGCAAUCCGAGUUGAAUCUAAGCCGAGGAGCUCCGAAUUCCACAAGGGAAGUGCUCUUCCUGAUGCGAAGAGGAGGAAGAAGAUUGUCCUUUUCGACGCUCCGCUGCAGCAAUCAGGCGACCGCGGCGGCAUUGUUGGAGGUGGAAGAGUCCAGAAUAAAAAGCCCAAAGGUGGCGGAUUUAAUUUGUUGUUCUUGAUGAAGAAGUUGCCGAAAAGAGUAUUGUCUGCCCUCUCCAAUCUUCCGUUGGCUAUUGCUGAGAUGUUCACCAUCGCGACUCUAAUGGCUCUGGCUACUGCAAUUGAUCAAGGGGAGGCACAUGAUUUCUAUCUCGACAAGUUUCCAGAGGAAAAUCCUUUAUUUUGGUUUGUAACUUGGAGAUGGGUGCUUAGCCUUGGUUUUGACCACAUGUUUACAUCCCCUAUUUUCUUAGGCAUGUUGGCUCUUCUCGCAGCAUCACUCAUGUCUUGCACGUACACUACUCAGAUCCCUAUUGUUAAAGUUGCUAGAAGAUGGUCUUUCAUCCACUCUGCUGAGGCUAUUAAUAAACAAGAGUUUUGUGAUUCUCUUCCACAUGCAUCCAUUCAAGAUCUGGGUGUUAUUUUGAUGGGUGCUGGAUAUGAGGUGUUUUUGAAAGGCACAACAUUGUAUGCUUUCAAGGGAAUGGCUGGUCGGUUUGCUCCCAUCGGUGUACAUUUGGCUAUGUUAUUGAUUAUGACAGGAGCAACACUUAGUGCUGCUGGAAGCUUUCGUGGCUCAGUGACUGUUCCUCAAGGGCUGAAUUUUGUUAUUGCAGAUGUUAUGUCUCCUGCUGGCUUUCUUUCAAGGCCAACACAAACUUUUAACACCGAAGUUCAUGUCAAUAAAUUUUUUAUGGAUUACUAUGAGAGCGGUGAAGUUUCUCAGUUUCACAGUGAUAUCUCAUUGUUGGAUGUUAAUGGAAAGGUGCUCAUGAGGAAAACUAUAAGUGUGAAUGAUCCUCUAAGAUAUGGAGGGAUUACAAUCUACCAAACAGAUUGGGGUUUCUCGGCCCUUCAAGUAUUGAAGGAUGGUGAAGGACCUUUCAAUUUGGCUAUGGCUCCAUUGCAGAGAAAUGGAGAUAAGAAGCUUUACGGAACCUUCCUUCCAGUUGGAGAUGCUAAUUCUCCCAGUGUUAAGGGAAUAUCAAUGCUUGCUCGGGACCUACAGUCCAUUGCUCUGUAUGACCAGGAGGGAAAUUUUGUGGGAGUUCGACGGCCUGGCUCAAAACUUCCAAUUCAUAUUGAUGGAAUGAAAAUUGUUAUCGAAGAUGCAAUUGGUAGUACUGGUCUAGAUCUGAAGAUGGAUCCGGGCGUGCCGACUGUUUAUGUUGGAUUUGGUGCUCUAAUGCUUACAACUUGCAUCAGCUAUCUGUCUCAUUUACAGAUAUGGGCCAUACAGAAUGGAACUACGGUUGUUGUUGGAGGUAAAACAAACCGAUCAAAGGUUGAAUUUUCUGAGCUGAUGAAUUGUUUACUUGAUAAAGUACCAGAGCUGGUGGAUGCUGUUGAGAAGAAGAAUAAUUGAUAACGUGGUAACUGAGAAUUUGCUGUUCUCUGCUUGUCAGUAUAAUCGGAUGAAUUAUAUGUUUUGAACUAUUGUGAAAGAGUUCCGCCACAGAUGAGCAUUCCUUUUAAUGCGGCUUCAAUCAACUUUUGGAUGGAUAUAAAUUUUUUGAGAUGACUGAUCCAUGUUUUCUUCAGUGAUUUUCGGAAUAAUCCUGGAGCUUAUUGCGUACAUGAAGAAUGAAGAUACUUCUGUACAGUUGAAUUGGUUCCGCCGUAAAAUCAGAUAUUAUGCAUGCAUGCAUAUUAUAGUUAUGUGGAAGUGACUUUUAUUUAAAUCAAAUUUACAAUUGUAUACUUUGUACAUCAGUUUUUCAAGAUAAAAGAAUGCAUUUAUUGUUGGAACCCAAUUUCUUUCUUGAACUCA